GGUAUUGAGGGGGGAAUCUGAGGUGGGACGGGGCGUGAAGUUUGAUUGAAGUUUCUUUUGAAAGGGGCAUUUUGGUACUGUCAAAUAACGCAAUCUAGAAAACUUUAAAGAACAAUACAAUAUUCUAGAAGCUAGAAAGGUGGAAGAAAUAUCUUAAUUAAACCAUGCCCGUUGCCGAUGAAAUCCAGUCCUCUUGGGCUGAUGAGGUUGAGAUUGAUCAGGGAGCUUUACCACCACCAUCAGAAGUUGUCGAAAAUGGAUUGAAGAUUGUGACAGAAUACAAAUAUGAUAAUGACAACAAGAAAGUUAAGAUUGUUCGUACUUACAAAAUUGAAAAACGUGUAGUAUCAAAGGACAUUGCCAAGCGCAAAACUUGGAGUAAAUUUGGUGAUUCCGCCAAUGACAAGCCUGGCCCCAACCCUGCAACAACUAACGUUGCUGAAGAUGUCUACAUGCAAUUCAUUACCAGCAAAGAGGAGAGCCAGCGCCCUGAUGAUGGAGAACUGGAUGGUCUCAAGCCACAAAGCAGCAGCGUGAUCUUCAAGUGCAGAACCUGCCAAGGAGACCACUGGACCCUGAGCUGUCCCUUCAAGCACACCCAAUUGGCUCAGGCUAAAGCUAAUGAAGCUACCAAGUCUGCAGAUUCCAAGACCACCCCUACCAACAAAUACGUGGCGCCAUACUUGCGCGAGGGUGGUGCUGGUCGCGGCACUGGUCGAGAGCCGCCAGGUGCCCGUCGCGAUGACGUCACUGCCAUCCGUAUUUCCAACCUCAGUAACUUCGCAGUUGAGGCGGAUCUUGACGAUCUUGUCAAGGGCUUCGGUCCCGUGCAGAAACUUUACCUCGCCAAGGAAAAGAGCACUGGUCACUGCAAAGGAUUUGCUUAUGUCCACUUCAAGUUCCGUGCUGAUGCUGCUAAAGCUAUCCAGACUUUGAAUGGACAUGGUUACGAUCACUUGAUCCUCAAUGUGGAAUGGUCAAAGCCUCCUCAGAACAACUAACUGUAUAACAUCAAAUUUUCCAUGUAUUGUAUUGUAUACUUAUAAUAAAAUCCUGUGAAAAAAGUAAUGUUUCA